AUGCCUAGUUCGGAGAAGAUUUUCAAAGGUAGAUAUUUUAAUGGGCACAUCAGGUCAUUUUUGUUAGGAUAUGAUGAUAUGUAUGAAGGCUUUGGGUUUGGGGUUAGGAAUGACGAGGGAGCUGCUCUUUUGGAUUUCCUAAGGGCCCGUUGGAAGGGGGAUAGAGCUUUGUGUAAGGGUUGUAAGGAAUUUUUGAGUGAGAAUCUGGCGACUCAACAUAGACUUCUGGUGAUGGACUUGGUUAUCAAGAAGGGCAAGAAGAGGCGGGGUAGGAAGGGUCGACCUAGAGUUAGGACUACUGGAUACAUCAAAGAGUCUGCUGGAGAGGUGUUGGGUGUCUCAAAGGGCUGGUCUUGUCGGUGUUGGGGGGAUUGGUGGUGGAAUGAAGAUGUUAAGAAGGAAGUGGAGACGAAGCAGACGGCUUCUACUAAGUUGAUUAAGAGUAAGGAUGAAAAGGAGAAGCGAGUGAGCAAAGAGGAGUACAAGUUAUCUAAGAAGGAUGCUAAGUUAGCAGUUACGGCUGCUAAGACUGCAACUUUUAAGAGUUUAUAUAAGGGGUUAGAGGAGAAAGACGAGGAAAAGAAGUUGUUUACGCUUGCCAAGAUAAAGGAGGUCAGUGAGGCUAUUCGCAAGAUGCGAAGGGGCAGGGCGACGGGUCCCGAUGAGAUCCUGGUGUAUUUUUGGAAGUUCUCUAGUGAGGCAGGGUUCAGGUGGCUGACCAGCUUGUUUAACAACAUUUUCAAGUCCAAAAAGAUGCUUAAGGUGUAG